AUGGUGGCCGCCGCAGCCGACAAGCUGGACAUUGCCCACGACGAGCACAUGGACGGCCAUGGCAAAGACGACGCCGUGCCGUCGCUAACGGCCGCUCCCCCGACCCUGGUCCGCCUCACCGACGACGACAGCCGGCGCAUCUGCCGCAAGACGGACCGCACCAUCCUCGUCAUCCUCGUCUGGGUCUACUUCCUGCAGAUCCUCGACAAGUCGGUCCUCGGCUACGGCGCCGCCUACGGCCUCAAGGAGGACACCCGCCUGACGGGCAACCAGUACUCGCUCGUCGGCUCCAUUGCCCCGAUUGCCCAGCUGGCCUGGCAGCCGCUGUCGUCGGUCCUCAUCGUCAAGGUCCGGCAUCGCGUCCUCAUGCCCGCCCUGUGCCUCGGCUGGGGCAUCGCCCAGGCUGCCACCGCCGCCUGCCACAGCUUUGCGGGCCUCAUGGCCGCCCGUUUCUUCCUCGGCCUCUUUGAAGCCGGCUGCCUGCCGCUAUUCAGUGUCAUCACCAGCCAGUGGUACCGCCGCUCCGAGCAGCCGCUCCGCGUCGCCGCCUGGUACAGCACAAAUGGCGCCGCCACCAUAUUCGGCGCCGCUGUCUCCUACGGCCUCGGUCAGAUCAAGUCGCCUGUGCUCGCCCAAUGGCAGAUCAUCUUCCUCUUCGUCGGCCUCGUCACCAUCGUCUCGGCCCCCUUCGUCUACUGGAAACUCGACAACGACAUCCCCUCGGCCCGUUUCCUCACCGACCACGAAAAGGCCCAGGCCAUCGAGCGCCUGCGGGCCAACCAGACAGGAACCGGCUCCCGCACCUUUGAGUGGAGGCACGUCGCCGAGGCCGCCCUCGAGCCCAAGACGUAUCUCUGGAUCGCCAUGACGCUACUGCUCAACGUCGGCGCCAGCGUCACAAACACCUUUGGCCCCCUCAUCCUCGGCGGUCUCAUCUCCGACAAGCGCUACACGAGCCUCCUCAACAUGCCCUUUGGCGCCGUCCAGACCAUUGUCAUCCUGCUGGCGAGUUACCUGGCCCAAAAGGCGAGGCUCAAGGGCGCCGUCCUCGCCGCCUUUAUGUUGCCCGUCGUCGCCGGCCUGGCUGUCCUCUUCUCCGUCCCUCGCGACAGCCACGCGCAGGCGCCUCUGCUGGUGGGAUACUAUCUCCUCGCCUUUCUCUUUGGCGGCAACCCGCUCAUCGUCACCUGGAUCGUCGGCAACACGGCCGGCACCACCAAGAAGUCGGCCAUUAUGAGCAUCUACAAUGCCGCCAGCUCCGCCGGCAACAUCAUUGGACCGCUCCUCUUUAACGACAAGGACGCGCCCGAAUACAGGCCCGGCCUGCGCGCCUGCCUGGGCAUCUUUGUUGCCCUCGUCGCCGUCGUCUUCAUGCAGUGGGCCAACCUCAUGGUUCUCAACAAGAUGCAGGAGAAGAGGCGCGUGCGCAACGGCAAGAGUGCCAAGGUUGUUGAUCAAUCGAUGCAGGAGCGCUUUGACAGCCUUCAGCAAGUCGGCAACAAUGACGAUGAGACUUCUGUCGUCAACGAGGGCUCGAGCGACUCGCCGCCAGCCACGGCGUCUCGUCGGGGGGGAAAGGUGCUUCCGGACUUGACGGACCGAGAAAACGACGAUUUCAUUUACAUUUAUUAA